CAGCGCAGGCAGGGAGGGGACCGAUCCAGGACAGUAACCGGGCUGUACCGGGGAUAACCUGCAGCCUCCAUCCCUCAGAUGCUCUGAUGGAGUAAACCGGCCGACGAUGCGCUUUUAUUUCCCCCCUCCGCAUCGAUCAUAGAAACGGUUCAUCUGGCACCCAAAUAAACCUUGGAGCCAAGGGGUCAGAGGUCUCUCACUAAAAACCCACAUCUGUCCCUCUCAUCCCUGCUCCCCACUUCACCCUGAUUCCCAAUCCCUAGUCCUCACACUCUUACCCUUCUUCAAUCCAUUCCACCUACUUUUCCUCCCAAAUUUCCCUCACACCCUGAGAGAAUAGCCCCCCCCAGCAACCAAGAGAUACUGGCUGCUGCACUUUUCAUGAGGAGAAAGAAGGUCUUCAGCAGACCAUCCUAGACAUCCCCUGUGACAUCUCCUCUCACUCCCAGGCGUCACGAUGAUGUGCGAGGUGAUGCCCACCAUCUCAGAGGAUGGGCGCGGAGGAGGAGGGGGCUCGUCCUCUCCAGCGGGUGGUGCAGGCGGGAUGGGCGGUGGGAUAGGAGGCUACGGAAGUCGAGAUCUCCGCAGUGGAGGCAGCGGCGGUGGAGGAGGAGGGAGUGACGAAGGGGGAAGUACGGGCAACUUGGAGUCGUUGAUGGUGAACAUGCUGACGGAGAGGGAAAGGCUGCUGGAGAGCCUGAGGGAGACGCAGGAUAGUCUGGGGACGGCGCACCUUCGUCUACGAGAGCUUGGUCACGAGAAGGAGUCCCUGCAGAGGCAGCUGUCUAUCGCCCUGCCACAGGUAGCUCACACUAAUAUUCCACAUCCUUACAGGAAAUUUUUAUGCCUGAGGUAG